CUUGGAACGCAAGAAGCAAAUGAUAACUAUACUCAGUUAUUCGGGACAGCAUUUCCUCCUCCACCUAGCGAAGCCGCAGUGGAUGUUCCUGCGCAGAGCCUUGCAGCGGACGCGGAAGACGGAAAUCCUAAUACCGAUCAACGCGAGGAUCCUAUGUUGAGCGGCGAAGGAGCGGACAUAUUCAACAAAAUAGCUGAACCAAAACGCCGCGGACGCAAGAAGAAGCAGAAGUAUGACGUGGCUGGUCAGUCGAAUGCAAGCACGCAACCGGCUACAGCUGCAGUGCCCACGCAGCAGACACCCGCACAGGCGUCGGCGCCAAAAGAUGGAGUGUAUCCAGUACCAGAACCGACGGCCUUAAAAUGCGUCUUGUAUAAGGCGAACGGACAUUUAUGA